CCCUGAGGAGGCAACAGGACAGACACGCUCAGCUCCUCUUCUGCCAAAAACUUUGUCAGCCAGUAAAGCAGCGUAAUCAGAUUAAAGUGGUAAAGUUUUUUCCUUUUUCUGGACCUGCUGAAAAGCAAAGAAACGAUCGUCGUUCAGUUCAGGAAUACAAUUAAUUUUUGCAGGGUUAAUCCUAUUUUCCUGGAGGAUUUGAAAUAGCGGCCAUGAGCGCUGAGGAAAACUCAGACUCUGACUCCAACAAGCUGGAGACUGUGAUACAGCGGCUGGAGGAGAGCGUCCUGUCUGAGGAGAAGAGGCUGACCGUCCGGGGCCCCUCACCUGAUGCCCCCCCUACAUGUCUGCCAGCGAGAGUGCGAGAGAUAGUCACAAAGAACCUCAACGAUAGCACAGGAGCCAUGUCCUCCGUCAUGUCCCUUCAGGAGGAGAACCGGGUACUGCAGGGAGAGCUGGCCAGGCUGGAGGACCUGCUGGCCCACAGCAGAGCUGACCGGGACGAGCUUGCCAUCAAGUAUGGGGCCAUCAGCGAGAGGUUGGAGCAGGCCUUGUGGUUUGAAACUGGGGAGGGAGACCAUGACUCACCCGAGUCCCGCAGCUUUGCUCAGCAGAACGUGGAUCUACGGCGACGGCUGGACGAGGAACAAGCGGCCUAUAAGCGUAAACUCACCGCCUACCAGGAGGGACAGCAAAGGCAGGCCCAACUUGUGCAGAAGCUGCAGGUGAAGGUGCUUCAGUACAAAAAGAAAUGUGGAGAUCUAGAGCAGAUGCUUCAGGAGAAGUCCUCCGAGUUGGAGAAACGCAGUAUGAGUAGCAACAGCGAAACAUCAAAUGGUCGGCAUCAGGAUGAAGCGAGCAGCAACCUGGAGGACGCUUUAAUCCGGCUGGAGGAAGAACAGCAGAGGAGCAGCAGCUUGUCCGCCGUGAACGCGAUGCUGAGGGAGCAGUUGGAGCAGGCGGGUUUGGCCAACGAGGCGCUCAGCCAGGACAUCCGCCGGCUCACUGUUGACUGGACCAAAGCCAGAGAGGAGCUGGAACAGAAGGAGUCGGACUGGAGGAGAGAAGAGGAGUCUUUCCACGGCUACUUCAGCAGCGAGCACAGCCGGAUGCUGAAGCUGUGGAGACAAGUGGUAGGCUUCAGAAGACACGUCUGCGAGAUAAAGGCUGCCACUGAAAGGGACUUGUCAGACAUGCGUUCUGAGCUGGCCCGGAUGUCCCACUCUGCUCGGGUGUCCUGCUCUGGCUUGUCCACAUCAGUGGACAGUCGGGUGGCGGGAGAAAAGGCUCUGAGGGUUCAGCUGGAGCAGCAGCUGAGGGAGCGAGUGGUGGAGAUGAUAAACCUUCAGAGCAGAACUGAUGCAGAGAAAAGUGAGCUCAACGUCAGGUUGUCUGAUGUAGUGCGAGAAUGUGGGAGACUAAAGGGCCAAAUUGUGGAGAGAGACAAUGAAAUCUCCAUGCUGAUGAAGAAGCUUGAGGAGCAGAGUUGCAGUGAUGAGACUGACACGCAGCUGAUAAGAGCUCACUCUGAGAUACUGCUGGACACUCUGCGAGACAUCGCUCAGACAGUGCUGUCAGACGGGGAGUCGUCGUCAGAAGCCGAUCAGGAUAGCUUGGCGGCUCCACUCCUGGCGCUGAUCCGUGACUCGUCUCCUCGACGUUCCUCCUCUUCAUUAAAGCUGGCAGCACUUCCUGAAGCCUCCCUGCUGUCUUCUUUGCCUGACGCAGCUCUGUCGGCUCUCCGCUCGGCCGUCACAAACAAGACGCUUCAGCUGCAGGACGUCCGAGGUCGUCUGCUGUCUGCCCAGUCCUCUGUGCAACAGCUUCGAAAGCAGCUUUCAGAAUGUGAUGUGGCUAGACGAGACUCAGAGCAGCGAAACCAGGUGCUGCAGCGAGAAAGGGACGCAGCUCAGAGAGAGAGGGAGACCACCCAGAAAGAGAAGGACCACCUGAAGCAGGACAGGGACCUGCUGGCUAGUGAGAAGGCAAAGCUGGAGAAGAGUGUCCAGGCAGCGGAGAGCAGUAGCCAGAUUGUGCUGAUGGAGUGUGAGAAGCUUCAGUUGGCUGUGUUGGGUGCUCAGCGAGAACGAGACCAUGAGAGAGAUGAGAAGGAGGCUGCUGUUCAGGAGAGAGACCGGGCCAAAGCUGAGACUCAGAGGAUACAGAAGCAGUGGGACCUGAGUGAGAGUCGAGCCUCGGCUCAGCGUGGGGAGCUGUCUGCAGCGAGGGAGACCCACCAGCAGGGGGAGGUUGAGCGACAGCUUAUGGAGCGGGAGAAGGCUCAACUGUCUGAAGCACUGGCUCGGGCUGAGAGCAGCAACACAGAGCUGUCUCUGCAGCUCAACAAGCUGCUAUCUGAGGAUGCAGCUCUCAGGGACUCUGUGGCAAAGAUGGGCAGUAUGAAUGAGGAUCUGGCCCAGGACAAAGUGGACCUCAACAACUACAUCCUACAGCUCGAGGAGGAGAAGUCCCUCCGGCUGGCUCAGAAGCGGCAGGCGGAGCAGGAGAAGCUGACCAUCAGGGAUGAGCUGGUCCGUCUGGAGCAGGACCGGUUGGAGCUGGAGUCUGGCCGCAUCUUGCUGCAGCAGGCUCUGCAGGACGCCGAGCAGAGCCGGGCGGGGAUGGAGACAGAGCUGCAGAGUCUCAGAGCUGAGAGGCUCAAACUGCAGGAGAGGGUUGGCCUGCUUUGUGCCGAGGUGGCCUCUCUGGGCUCAGAGCUGAGUCUGGCUCAAGGGGAGGCCCAGAAGAACGAGGUGGCAUCAGAGGAGGCUGGCCGCGGUCGAGCAGAGCUGGCCCGGGACAAAGCAGCUCUGGUGGUCCAGCUGACAGCAUCUGAAAGAGAAAACUCUGUGCUCUCGGAGGAACUGGCUGCUUUCAGGUCUGAGCGGGAAUCCCUGGAGACCAGUCUGUUUGAGGCGCACCAGCAGGUGGCGCAAGUUGAAUCCCGCAGAGAUCAGCUGGAGACGGAGAACCAAACCCUGAGAGUCCGCUGUGAAACUGCUAUAGCUGAGCUGAAGCGAGCACGCUCAGAUGGUGAGAACACCUUGGCCCAGGCUGAGAGAGAGAAACAGACUCUAACUCAGGCCCUAAAUGCUGCACAGCUGGAGGCUCAGCAGGCUUUACGCAAGGCCGUCUCCGAACAUCAGGAGGACGUGGAGAGGUUGAUUUCAGAGAAGGAAGUUGUGCGUCACAGCCUGCAGAUGGAGCAUGAAGCUGCUCUCAGGAGGUUCAGGCAGGAGAUGGACGAUCAACAGCACAGAGCAAAGAGAGACAGAGAGGACCUGCAGGAGGAGCUGAGGUCUUUGCAGCAUGACCGAGAUCAGUGUUUGCUGCAGGCUGAGACUGAGAAACAGCAGGCCCUUUCUCUGAAGGAGGUGGAGAAGGCGGUGUGGUCUGACAGGGUGUCCAGUCUGCAGGCUGAGCUGUCAGCUGCAGCUCUGGAGGCUGAGCGGAUGGCCAGAGAAGCAGCUCAUCACAAAGAGCAGGAGCAGAUCAGAGUUGGAGCUCUGACCGGAGAGAUGCUGGAGCUCCGCUCUCAGCUGGACGAGGCGACGUCGGCCCAUGAAAGAGAACUCAAUGGCCUGCAAGAACUCUGCAGUGAUCUGCGCUCGCGAGCCGACGUGGCUCUCAAAGAGUUGGAGCAGUGCAGAGCUUCUCUCUCAGCCGCAGAGGAGAGCCGAGACCAGGUGAGGCGGGACCUGCUGGAGGCCGAUUGUCGCCUGAGCCAAACUCAGGAGGCGUCGGAAAGCUACAGGAGAGAGAUGAUGGAGCUGCGCCGGAACCUCAGCGACGUCACCAAGGAGAGGGACGCCCUGAGCCAGUCAAACACUCAGCUGAGAGGAACGGUGCGCAGCUCAGAGACUGAGAGGAUCAGUGUGAAACGACAGUGUGAGGAGAAGGAGCAGAGGCUGGCUGUGCUGGAGGAAAACCUGUCUUCCUCUCAGAAAGAAGUGACUGAGCUGCGCAGCUGCCUGAGAGAGGUCGAAAGGUCACGCCUGGAGGCUCGGCGGGAGCUGCAGGAGCUCCGCAGACAGUUGAAAGUUCUGGAUGUAGAGAAGGAGCAAAAAGGGAGGGAGGUGGCAGAGCUGCAGACCCGUCUGGUUCUGGAGGAGCAAAGAGAUGAGGAGAGAGGGAAGGACGUCUUCUCCCUCAAACAGAAGCUCACUGAAGCUGAAACUACCAGAGAUUCCAUCAGGAAGGAGCUUUCUCUGACUCAGAGGUGUCUGAUGGAGUCUGAGUCAGGCUGGCGCAGCUGUGAGAGAGAUCUGACAGCUCAGCUACAAGAGGCUCGCGGCUGUGAGAAGAAGCUCCAGGACGAAGUCAAGAACCUGUCACUGCGCGCUCAGGCUGCCCAUGAUGCCGCCGCUCAGUCCGGCCUGCAGCUGAGCGAGGCGCAGGGCCGGCUGUCCGCCACCGAGGCGGAGCUCACCCGAGCCGAGGCCGCAAGAAGGGAUCUGGAGUUUCGCCUGAACAACCUCCAGUCCGCGCUGACGCGAACGCUGGGCAUCGGGGCGAGUGGCAGGGGUUGUAGGGGGCGGAGCCCGGGAGGCAGCUCCACGUCGCCCGGCAGCAUGUCGCGCCACCACAGCAUCUCGCCGCUGCGCUCCUCACUGUCGCCACCGAAAGCAGAAUUUCGGGGAAGCACCCCAGACAACACUUUAGGUUCGGGGGCUGUUUCUCCUGAAAGAUGCGACACGCCGCUGCCUCAAUCAGAACUCGACCCUGAUUCCCUGAGAAGCGGCCUUAGAGACUUCCUCCAGGAGCUGCGAGAUACACAAAGAGAAAAGGAUGAUGCUCGUUGUCAGCUGGGCGUCCUGCAGCGGGAGCUGGAGGAGCUGAAGGGGGAACGGGGCUCUGCUCAGAGUCGCUUCUCUCAGCUGCAGAGCACCUUCCAGGAGAUCCAAGAAGUGAAGCGUGGGCUGGAUGAGCGUCUGACCACCACUCAGAUUCUGCUGCAGCAGCAGGAGGAGGCGGUGAGGAGAGGAGACAGAGAGAGGAGAGCUCUCUCCGACCGGGUUAUGGAGUUAGAACGAUCUCUGCAGGCCUCAGAAACAGAUAAAAAACACACUCAGGAUCAGCUGAACAAGCAGCGAGCGGCUGAGGCCCGUGUGGAAGCGGAGAGGAAGCGCCUGCGGGAGGCGUUAGAGGCAGCUGAAGCUCGGGCCACCAGGGUGGAGCUGGGAAGGCGCAGCCUGGAGGGGGAGCUGCAGAGACUCAAACUGAGUCUGGGAGACCGUGAGGGCGAGAGCCAGGCGUCCCAGCAGCGGCACGACACCCUGAUGAAACAGGUCUGCUACAAGGUUGCAGAGGGAGAAGCUCAUGUUUCCCAGCUGCAGAGGGAGGUGGACCGGCUGAGCCAGACCGUUCUAAAAGGUCAGGAAGUUGAAUCUGCUCUCAAGGAGAAGGCCACGUCCCUCAACCAGACGCUUCAGGAGGUGACGGCCUCCUACACUAGCACGCAGAGCCGUCUGGUCACCCUGCAGAAGACACUCAGUUCGGCUGAGCAGGACAAAAGGCUCCUACAGGAGCGACUGGAUGAAGUACGGGCAGCUCUGGCUGAUGGAAAGAGAAACAUGGUCACCCUUACUGAGCGUGUACAGAACCUGCAGAGUGACCUGAGCCAGAGUGAGCUGCGGCGGGAAGAGCUGGAGGUCGAGCUCAGCAGCACUCAGGAGACCCUGCGUCAACAUUCGGCCAGUCUUGUGGAGGCUCAGCGGAGCGCUCAGUUGGCCCAGACGGAGCGGGCCGUCGUAGAGGAGCGGCUGCGUGCGCUGCAGAGAGCGGUAGCCUUGUUAGAGACAGAAAAGAAGGACGCUGAGAGGCAGACAGUGAGGCUGGAGAAAGACAAGAACGCAUUGAGAAACACGCUGGAUAAGGUUGAACGCCAAAAGCUGAAGUCCGAGGAGGGCAGCAUGCGUCUUUCUGCGGAGAAGGGCCGUCUGGAUCGCUCACUGAACACUGCAGAGCAGGAACUUCAGGAAGCACAACAGCAGAUACUGAUGCUGCAGACCCAGCUGGCUGAGAUGGAGCACUCGCACAGUCUGUGUGAGAGUUUGGUGCAGCAACGUGACGAGGUCCAGCGGGAGGCUGAGAGGAUGAGGAGCAGCCUCCGGGAUGCUGAGCGAACGCUGGGUACGAGGGAGCGAGCUCACCGGCACCGGGUCAAAGGGCUGGAAGAACAGGUGUCCACUCUGAAGGAGCAGCUGCAGCAGGAGAUGAAGCGACGGCAGCCGUCUCUCCCACCAUCGUUACUGUCAAACUGAGACACCGCUCAAAGAGGAAGAAUCUGAUUCAGGGAAAGCACCUCUCUUCAUCAAUGUCUAAUGUCACAUUGACGCUUACUCUUAACACAGCAUAUUGUGGCUGUGAAAAUAAUUAUUGUUUCAGAGGUGCUUCAAUGAUGUUGAGAGCAGGAACUAACAACCAAAUGAAGCACAAACACAGACAAGCAAUGCCUUAAAACCACCAGCAAACCACUAAUUACUUGUGAAGCAUCUGUAAUCGGUUCUGCCUGAACAUCUUCUCAAACUUUGUGUUGGUAUUUAAGAAAUGCACUGAGUUUGGACAUUGUGCAGGAAGAAAAAUGCUGGAGAUUAUUUACGGCUAUUAAAGAACAGAAAAUAUGAAUACAAUAGCACCAUUAAGUUAACUGCAGUUUGUUCUCUAGGAGACAGAUGUAAGUAAUUAUCUAAUGUUAGAUAAGACCCCAUUUUAUAUCUGAAACUGAUUAUUUUUUACUCCACUGUAUUAGUUUAUUUUAGGAGUGAAUAUUAACUGUAUAAAUGUGCUGUUUCCUUGCGGUAUAAACACUGACAGACUGAUGACUAACUACAUUUGUGUUGGAAAAUAAACAUGAAAGUCAUGUUG